UGCGGGAUGGAGGGCAGUGAGUGAGUGGAUGGUGCAGUGCGAUGGGAGGGAGCGGGGGGAGGGUCGUGCCGCCCUCAUAGGGCGCCACGCGCUUCUUGCUGUCUGCUGCGCGGAGCAGGGAGCAGGGCGCAGUUCACAGUCGUCCCGUGAGGAGGAGGAGGUGCAGCGGAGUCCCGGUCGGAGUCCCGCGCCUCGCAACUCCCCGAGCUCCCGAGUCGGGAUGGGCACCGCGCUCCGCGCUCUCGCCGUGCUCUGCGCGCUGCUGGGCUCCACUGUCUCUCAGCCAAGCCACGAGGCACCACCGCAGGACUGCUCCGAGGGCUACGAGUGGGAGCACGCGACGGGUGAAUGCAGAGAUGUGGACGAGUGCACCGGCAUUCCAGACGCAUGCCGCGGCGACAUGAUGUGCGUCAACCACUUCGGGGGCUACAUGUGCCUGCCGCGAUCGGCGCUCGUCAUCACGGGCGGCGUGCAGCCCGGCGGCACGGACCUGAGCGGACCUCAAUCUGGACUUCCAGGCCAGCGUGGGCCUGAGCUGGGCACUGGGCAGGACACUGAAAUUGGCACCCGAGGCCCAGCCACAUCCGGGUUGGAUGGACCUCGACCGGGUGGACCUAGGCCGGGCGGGUCUAGACACAGUGAGCCCAGUCCCGGUGGAUCCAGGCCUGGUGGACCUCGGCAAGGAGAACCUAGGCCAGACGUAGCGAGAACCGCUGUGCCCAGACCGAUUGAACCUAGACGGGAUGGACCUCGACCUGGAGGGACUAGAAUCGCAGAACCAAGGCCAGGGAGACCAAGACCAGGCAACGCUAGGCAAGGAGGCGGUAGGCCCGAUGUUACUGGGCAAGACUUUGAGCAGGACAACGACUUCUCUGACCAAGGGCAUCGACCGCAGCCUCCAGACGUGAACAUUCCAGCAGAAACUCCACUUCCCCCGCCCACUUCUCGCUGUCAACUUGGCUACAGGUUGUCCGAAGGAUUCUGCAUAGACGUGGACGAGUGCGAGGUGGACACGCACCGCUGCGCUCCCCCGCUCGUGUGCGCCAACGCUCCCGGGAGCUACCGCUGCCAGUGCCUCCCCGGCUUCCGCAUGGGCGGCCGGGGCGCAUGCCAGGAUGUGGACGAAUGUUUGCGGUCACCCUGCCAGCAUCGUUGCAUCAACACGGUCGGUUCGUUCGAGUGCCAGUGUCCUGCAGGUUACUCGGUGGCAGCGGGUGGUCGCAACUGUGCUGAUAUAGACGAGUGUACAGAGAGCAGCCCUUGCGCCCAGCGAUGCCUCAACACUCUCGGCUCCUUCCUGUGCCGCUGCGAGCGCGGCUACCUGCUCGAGAGGGAUGGACGCACUUGCCGAGACAUCGAUGAAUGCAGUGCACCUGUGCCCGUUUGUCGCUUCUCGUGCCAAAACAUCCCCGGGAGCUACGAGUGCCAAUGCCCAGAGGGUUACGAAGCUAGCGAGGGCCGCUGUACAGACAUCGACGAGUGCGACUUAGGAGUGCACGGCUGCACUGACUCGCAGAGCUGCUUCAACACGCCGGGCUCCAUGCGCUGCCUGCAGCGGGACAAGUGCACGCAGCCGUACUCACAGACGUCCGACGACACGUGCGUGUGCCCGCGCGACCUGGCCGCGUGCCGCAACCGACCGUACAUGGUGCGCUACCGCUACGCCGUGCUGUCCCCGGACCGGAGGCCCCAGUCCACCGUGUACCACGUGCACGCCGCCACCCGCUACCCGGGGGCGCGAAACUCCUUCCACCUGCACGACACGCCCGGCAGCGACGGCGCGUACUUCUCACUGCGGCAGACGGGCCCGUACAGCGCCGUACUCACGCUGCUGCGCUCCUUGAGUGGCCCGCGCGACAUCAUCCUGGACGUGGAGAUGGUGAGCGUGCAACCGUACGUGCGCAGCGGCAGCAGCAGCAGCGUGCUCCGCCUCACGCUGUUUGUGACGGCGCAGCCCUUCUGAGCGGCGCCCGUGACGACGCACCGCCCCGCGCGCCACGUUUCCCAACAUAAUCACAGCGAUGGUCCGUCGCAUCGCUUACUCAUUACGCGUGGUCCUACAAGGCUGCGUGUUACCGCAAUGUAUCGUUUAUGCAGUUACUGGAAUAUGCACCGUGCCACACCACACCGCGCUAUGCUCUACGAAUCCACACAUCACAACGUGCUGCGCUCUACUAAACCACACACCACACCGCGCUGCGCUCUACUCAACUAGACACCACACCGCACUACGCUCUGCUAAAGCACAAACCACACCACAUGAAGCCACGUACUGACGUACAAAGGAAUGCAACGCCACGUGAUGCCACGUCACACCACUUUACAUUCAACCACUGUAGGCACACUGCAACGUAACCACUCCGCACCAAACCAGGGUGCCAGGGUGGCGCAGUGGUGACACCCUUGUCUCGCGGCACGAAGGGUCUGACACGUUUUCUGCAUUAAGUUUGUAUGUUCUCCUCCCGUUCUGCUGCAUGGCUUUCCUCCGGGCUCUCCCGUUUCCUCCCAUAGUUACAAAAAAAUACCCCACACAAUGUCACCGGUAUUGGCCAAUCACAUUCCCAGUGCUGAAAAAUUACCUGCGAAUUACUCGAUUGGGAUCACGCAGCGGUAAAUUCGCCCCCCUACUGCGAAAAAACCUGGCAGGAACCACCUCCUGUUGAGAAAUAUAUAUUGAGAAUACAUGGUAGAAGAUGUCACAUGUACUCAGAAUAACCUGAGAGAUUAGCAGUGUCAGAUUUCCUGUGGAGGGGGGCGGGAGGGCAUAAAGGUCAAAUAAUGCCCGUGACCGACGCAGCAUGUGCUGGUGUUAAGGGGCCCGCUGCUGGCAACACACACGGCACACGAAGACAGAGAUUCCCCGUAUAGCUUUUAAGGCUGUUGGGGCAAGUGUUAUUAACGAGCACCUAUUUACAGGUCUGCGCAGUACACAAGGGGGUGGGUGGC